AUGGUGCCGCGACCCGGGAGUACUACUUCGAAUGACGGGCCAACGAUCGAAGAGGCAUCGGAGGCAGGUGCGCAGUCGGCUGGAAGGUCGCCAACCGCAAGAGAGCACAGUGAGAGACCUGUCGCGUCGUGGAGCUCUGAGGGAACCUUCACGACAGGCCACGGGGCCAGCGACGACCUGGAGGGCUACGAAGAACAGUUUGCCGUUCCCGAUUCGGCUCCCGACGAGGGAGCCGCGAAGGGCCGCGACGUAAGUCGCGGUCCUACUGGUCGGAAGCCUGCGAAGGCCGACAACCAACAACAACCCACCGCCAAGGCCGCCGCCAAGCGCAAGUUGCCCAAGAGGAGGAAGAAGAAGAAGCUGCGCGCGCCGGACUCGGCGGAAGCGUCGCUGUCCAAGCCGCAAGGCAAGGACGCGGGGCGCCAGUACACCGUCGAAGAGGUGCGGUACGUCGUGGCGCGCACUGAGCUCUUCCGGCUGCUGGAGCAAGACCCGAUCUUGGUCUUCCUCAAGCCCAUGCUGAUGAGCAACUUCACGGGCCCCUUCGUCGCGCCGGGCUUCGAUAGUCUCACCAGCGUCGCCCACGCCGCGCCGAUUCUCUUCCAGAUGCUGCGUGAUUCGGGAUUCGUGCUGGGAUCUUUCGAGAUGGAGAAGCUGUGCGACUGGGACCUCAAGUCCUGGUUGCGCGCGAUUCGCGUCGUGCGGGAGCCCUUGACGAUUCUCGCCGGAUCCGUCAAACAAGUCGCGACGAGUUCCGCGACGGGCUCAGCCCAGACCUCGACGACCACGCCCUCGCCGCCACCUCGAUACCAAUCGAGUGUGGACUUCAAUAGCAGCUUCGAGUCGCGCAAGCGCAAGUCUCCGGAGAAGCGCUGCGCGCCGGAUUCAGCGGAUGGACCGCCGGUCAAGGCGAGAGGCGAUGACACGGGGAAUCAGUUCACCGCGGCAGAGAUGAGGUAUAUGCUUGCUGGAGUGGAGCUGAUCCGGCUGCUGGAGCACGAUCCGAUCCUGCGUUUCAUCAAGCCCAACGCGAUCAAGUUCACGGGUCCUUUCCGGGUGCCGGACUUUGACAUGCUCACGAACGUCACGCGAGCCGCAGGGACACUCUUCGAGAUGUUGCACGAAUCAGGCUUCAGCUUGGGCAUCACCGAGAGGACGGGAGUGUAUGACUGGGACGUCGAGUCGUGGACACAUACGAUCCACGGCGUCUUGGGACCCUUGACGGUCCUGGUCGGAUCCAUCCAACGCAAGGUGACUCCGCCUGGGACGCGCCCAAUCUCAACGCAGAUGAUAACUUCGCCCCAGGCUGAGUCGAGCGUGGAUUCCACGUCGAGGUCCAAACCCCGACGCGACGUAGAUGACGAACCCGCCGACUUGUUUGACGUGGACUUCGGGAUGUCGAAAACCACGGCCGCGACCUCAACCACGACUUCACCGGAACUGGACGAGGUUUUCAACCAUCUGAGCGAGCCGCCGCGCGCUACGCCCCGUGAGGUCACGCCAGCGCGUAUCAAGGUUCUGCCGGAUCUGAAGGAAACAAUUCCUAAGGCGCUGGAAGAGGCGAGUACGCGCUCUACGACAACUCAGGCAUCGAAUACCCAUGUCUCUGCGGUUCAUGUCGAGCCAAGAAACUCGACGCGAAAAAACUCGACGCAGAAAAUGUCGACGCGGGACGCGUCGAAGGAGAUGCGCCAGCAAGGACUUGGUAAUCACGCCGUGAUGUCCGUCGCAGUGCCGGUUGCGACGACAUCCAGGCGACCGUUGGGCACGGCGCGGGCCUCUACGACUCCCGAGCAAUCGCGCUACGACGCACGAGUGCGGCCGGUCUCACUCGACGCGCUUAAGCGACUCGACCCAGGGCAAACACUCGACGUCCGCCUGCGCUCUAGCCGAGAUGCACCGCGCCUGUGGGUCACGCGCAGCAAAACGUGGGUUACAACCAUGUUUAAGACUAAGAUCGAGCGACAAACAUACCUGCGGGUGACCAACGUCACGGACGAGACAAUAAUGCUCGACGCAGGCACGAACGUGGGUUGGUGGACACCCUCCGAUCUGUUUCCGCCUGCGCCCCGCUUCGUGCUGGCGACUAAUCGACAGUACCAAGAUUGGCAAAACCUUGCGUAUGAAGUGACCUGCGACGAGGACGAGACCUGGCGUGACGACGAGCUCGUCUGGCCCAUGUAUGGAUGGCCGACCUACGAAGAUCUGGAAUUCGACGCGCGUCGAGGUGAGCUAGAGAAAGAAGUUCACGCGGAUAGGAAGCCCACAUCGUACCCAGUAGUCGCUGUGAAGUCACCAACAGCGGGGCUGACCCGUGCGCCAGCGGUGGAGACGUCGUCGGUCAGCAAGUUGCAGAUGCGUGACCACUCGACGCUGUCGCGCGUGGUGUUGAAGACACGGGUCGACGUAGUAACGACGUACACCGACUUCGAACAUGUGACGCACUACACGUACAACCGCGUUACGGCGUACGUCGAGGCGGGAACACGGGGCCCGACGCACUUGUUGGAUGCGUACGACGAGAUCAAGAAGACAGCGCGACGAAUAACUCGUCGCAGAUCCGGUGCGCGGAGACGAUGCACCGCCGAGAGGGCGAAGGACGGUGCCGACUCAGCGAAGACUCAGGUGGGGGUCACCCAGCCUACUACAGCGCAGACCACGUCGAGCCCGAGCGCGGCGAGGGUGCCAGACCCACGUUGCACGACGGACAGUCGCGCUGACGCGAGACGCGGGACGAGCGACGGUGACGCCAGCGCAGCAGGGGCAGGGGUGUUUGUCAUACAGCCGGCGGAUCACUCGCGAGAAGACAUCCGACCCCGGACGUUAGAUCUAGAAACAGCGUCACCUGUCAACCUCGUCGCGGAAGAUUGCGACGCAAAAAAACUCGACGUGGAAAAUCUCGACGCGGAACGCGACGCGAAAAAUCGCGACGAGGGAAACUGCGACGAGGCCAACCCUGUCGUCAACAACAUGGAUUUGGGGCGCGGGACGGCAUACGUCCUCGUGGUGACGAUGCACUCGGCUUCUACACGCGCGACGAACCCCAGAGGCAGAGCUCCAGGUGUCCUACAAGAGCUGGCUGCUCAGAACCCGUCGAGCCUGGUCAAGACCCCUCCCAGAGCGGCUAAAUGCGCAGAGAGUCAUGGCCCGGGUAUUUUACGGGGCGCGGUGUGCUGGACGAAGACGCGUCUUGCGUCGGAUCUGGUUGUGCAUUCAAGUUUUUCGCACCGCCGACUCGCGCAGGUGAACGCGCUAGAAGUCGACCAAGGUGUACACGUCGCAGAUCGGACUCGGGGCGGAGUCGCGACGACGGACACGGCUGAAGUCAAUUUGCCGAUACGGUAUUGCUUGGAUUGCGACAGCCCCGGUCUCCCCCACGAGCUUAAGCGCAUGUCCGACGCACUGGCAGGAUGCGAGGUACAACGUCAUGAGUGCAACGCGACGGGAAACUCGUCGCAGACCAGGUGCGCAGAGACGCUACACCACCGAGAGGAGAUCGUCAGGAAACCAGAUUCCACGAAACACGGUCAAUGUCGUGCGACGGACAGUCACGCUGAAGCGAGACGCGGGGCGAUGGGAAGUGCCCUCGACGGGGCGAGAGCGCAGGGGGGUGGCAACGAGCCUGCUGCAACGAGGAACGCGUCGAGCCCGAUCAGGAGGCCUGUUGCAGUGUCGAAAUACGUGGAGGGUCCAACGGAAUUCGAGGUUGCGAGGAGCGUGUCGGACGCCGCGAGUGACUCGUCGCGCGACGGAACAGAGUCGACGCGCCGAGGGAUAUGCAUCCUUCUGAACUGCCGACUCGCGCAGGUGAACGUGCUAGUAGUCGGCCAAGCCGGGGACGACGCAAAUCGGACCCGGGGCGACGUCGCGGCGAUGAACAGGGCUGGAGUGAAUUCGUUGAUGUCAUAUUGCUGGGAUCGCGGCAGAAUGGGAUUUGCCUACGGGCUAGAGCUCAUGCUGGACGCUGUGCCGCGAGACGCCCCGUGUGUGAGCACGUACGCUGUACGUCUUGAGACGGGCUGCACGCCUUGUCAAUUUUCGGUCAAGGACGUUUUCAAGUUGAGGCCUGUGUGCGCUAUGAUCAAUGGGACGAUCCCGUCGAACGAGCCCGCCGACUGCCGCGACGAGAUGCCGCUAGAAGUGAGCCGGGACACUAGCACUGUAAAGAGUGACGGCGUUGCGUACUCGAAGGUCAGGGACAAGCACGCCGAGACGGUUCGCGUCGUGGUAGACUUGGCGCUCUCCUUUCGGUUCGCGCGCGACCGAGAUCCGCGGUGUACGUCAAGGGCGAUAAUCGCCGUCGGAAAACUACCGCACCAGUUGUGCACCAAAGCGCAAGGCAGGCCAAACGAAUCGCGUCGCGAGACGAGUAACUCGCUUUACCAACUGUCUUUCAACUUCCGCACCUCCAAGCAAAACCCCGUUGAAGAGUUUCUGUCACACGCCGCGACGUGUUUGGCGGUGUCAACGAACGGACCGUUUGACUCCACCGAUACGUGUUUACUGGAGCACAGCCUGACACUCGCUCUGGACGAGGAUGCUUCCGAAGGGGAGAAGUCCUUGGAGCUGCAUGCCGGUCGGGCUUCCCGACCUGGCUGCGCGCGCCGCGAGUCCGACCACGCUGGUCGUUACCGUCUUGCGGCGAUUUCGCGCGAGGACGUGGGGCGGCUGAGCCGAGCCCUGGCCUCGGACUGGAACUGCGCUGUGACCUGGCGCGUUCGAUCGACAGCAGCAGCCGAGACGAAGGCGAAGACGAUGGAGUCGAGACCGAACUGGGAGGCCUGCACCCGUGACGCGUUGAUUCCUUGGCUCCGCUGUACCGCGACGCCGGACCUGGACGAAGCGUCGGACCUGGACGGUGCGUCGGAGCCCGAUGAGUAUCCGCGGUUAACGAGUGGAGGCGAGACAGGAGCAGCGGGGGCCGCCGCUCGGCUUGACUCCACAGGCCACAGCGUUUAUCUCCACCGCGACGGAAGCUUCACGUCGACGGAUCAUGUCGUAGGUGUCAAUGUGCCCGCCUACGGACGUGACGACACCGGCAAGAUGUUCUCGAAGUCCAUCGCGCACGUGCUACGCCGUCUACCAACCUCGACGCGCUUCCCGAAGCACCCGUCCUCAAACCGCGUCAUGCUCGUCGCGGUCCUGGAUGGCCACGUCGUGCUCGUCCUCCAGCUCGAUUACGUGAGCGCUGGAACGGUGGACUUGAGCGCUCGCGGCAUCUCGCCGCUACCCCCACACGCGACGUAUUCCCAGCUGCGCGAGACGUGGCCUGAAACUCGCCGAUUCCUCCAAGUCGCGGAUACGCGUCGCGCCCCGCCGGAGUUCUUUGGUGUGGGUCACAAGGAACGCGUUAUUGCGCCGAAGGUCUACUAA